CGUCGCUACCCACGGUCACCUGUCACGUGCACCUAUGUAGGACUUAAACUUGGCGGCAUCCAGAAUUCCAGAUUGCCGUCCUCAUACUUAUCUGCAAGAAGGCCUGGACAGGUGACCCCGAGCUCUAUCCCUUAUCCAUAUGGCGUCUCGACAUUUUCACACCUGGACCUGUGAUCAGCUUGGUUAUCGUUCACCAUGGAUCUUGGAUUGAAAGGAGUGCAUAUCCUCGUCACAGGGGCAAGUGGUGGAAUCGGGCUCGAGACUGUGAAAUUAUUUUGUACACUGGGUGCAAAUGUGACCGCACAUUAUAACUCGCAAUUUGGUCCGAUCCAGGAACUUCUGGCAUCGAACACCAAUCUUCAACACGUCCAGGCAAAUCUGUCUCAAGAGCAGGCCGUGGUGGCCAUGUUCGAGUCUCUGUCUACUAUGCCUCAUGGCCCCGUACAAGUAAUCGUGGUCAAUCACGCUAUAUCGUACAGGGUAGAUGUGCCCAUUGCAAGGAUGUCACUGGACCAAUGGAACACCACAAUAUCUAUGAACUUAACGUCUUCAUUCCUUGUGUGUAGAGAGUAUUUGAAGCAUCUGGAAAAGGCUUCCUCGGGCAUCAAGGACAAGGCAGCAAUCGUUCUCAUCGGAAGUACUGCUGGGAAGUAUGGUGAAGCCAACAAUGGGGACUACGCUGCGACCAAGAGUGCAAUGAUGUAUGGUCUGAACCUUACGCUGAAGAAUGAAAUUGUAAAAAUCGCCCCCAAAGGCAGGGUUAACUGUGUUGCACCUGGGUGGGUCAAGACACGCAUGGUUGAAGAAGUCUUGAAAGAUUCUCAAACGGUGGCUCGCAUAUUGGCUACGAUUCCACUUAAGAAGGUGGCCGUGCCUAUGGACGUCGCGACACAGAUUGUGGUCCUUGCAUCGUCUACCCUUUCUGGUCACGUCACUGGCCAAGUGGUGAUGGUUGAGGGUGGAAUGGAAGGGAGACUGCUAAACAAACCAGAAGAUUUGUAGGGUUCUUGAGUACCUCGGGGGAAAUGCGUUUUCCAAUUGGCAGUAAUAUGUAACAUAACAAAUGCUUCUCCCUCCACAGUAAAGUACUUGCGCGAGAACUAUCCUCAGAGCUGGAUGCUGGUGUGGUUUAAAUUUGC